UUUCCUUAGAAGGCUUUCUCUCCCUGACAUUGUCUGAGCCGUCCGUCCGCCCGCCGCCCGGCCUUCGGGGAUCUCCCUCCGAGGGAAGGAGCGCGCCGCGGGGACCUGAGAUGGUCCAGGGGCGCUGAGAGCCGGGAGGGCGGCCCGGGGCGCCCGAGAGAGCGCGGAGCGGACGGGAGCCGUGUGUGCGCUGGCCGUGGGGGAACGGAAGGAGAUGAGGAGGAGCCGCUGAAACCCAGACCUUUCCUCUUUGGCCGGCGGGGAAAAGAUGCACCUUGAGAGAUGGAGGUCCUGCGGCGCUCGUCAGUGUUCGCGGCGGAGGUGAUGGAGGUGUUCGACCGCUCCCCCACCGACAAGGAGCUGGUGUCCCAGGCCAAAGCGCUGUGUCGGGAAUACAUCCAGUCGCGGCUCUCCCGGGCCGGCCUGGGCUGGAGCAAGCCCGAGUACAAGGCGCCGACGCCCGGGGGGAAGCUGGCCGAGAUUUCCAGCAUCCUCCUGCGUCUGGGGGAUGAGCUGGAGUACAUCCGGCCCAACGUGUACCGGAACAUCGCCCGGCAGCUCAACAUCUCCCUGCAGUCGGAGAGCGUGGUGACCGACGCCUUCCUGGCCGUGGCCACUCAGAUCUUCGCGGCAGGGAUAACGUGGGGCAAGGUGGUCUCCCUGUACGCCGUGGCAGCGGGGCUGGCCGUGGACUGCGUGCGGCAGGCGCAGCCGGCCAUGGUCCACACCAUCGUGGACUGUCUGGGAGAGUUUGUGCGGAAGACGCUGGUGACGUGGCUCAAGCGGCGCGGAGGCUGGGCAGACAUCAUGAAGUGCGUGGUGAACACCGACCCCAGCCUCCGGUCUCACUGGCUCGUGGCCGCCCUCUGCAGCUUCGGGCACUUCCUGAAGGCCAUCUUCUUCGUCCUGCUCCCCGAGAGAUGAAGGCCUGGGGCCAGGUCUCCCCUUCCCCGGCCAGAGCCGAGCUGUCCUGGUGCACUCUGGACUCUGGUGAUGGGGAGGGGCAGAGCAAAGGGCUUUUCUCCCUCCUGCAGGGAAUACUUGUGCCUGGUUCUAAAAUGUCUUUCACUUGGGGAACGGGCGCCUCUCUCCACGUGGGAACAAGCUUUUGAAGGAUCUCCUUUCCCUCCCCGGCAGGGACGAGUGCCAAGCGCUGGGGGGCUCAGAGAUUCUGGGAAGCGGCUGGACCGGCUUUGCCUGCGCCGCUCAGCGCUCAGCCUAUUUCUCUAAGCUAGACAGGGACUGUCUCCUCCGUCCCACUGUCUUCUGGCUGUCUCCCCUUCCUACAUGCUCCUUCCUCGAUGUCAAUGGUCAGCCUUCUCCCUCUAAAGCGAUCCUUGUCUCCCCGACCUGGAUCCCUGCACUCAGCCUCUUUGCUCCGCUUUCUCGUCUUUUCAGUCCCCCCCUCCAAAUAGCAGACAAAAAGGGCUUCUGAAAACCCCAGGGCCGGCCAUGGCACUCCCUCACUGAUCCCUCAGUGGCUCCCUAUGCCUGGAGAAAAUUCUCAGCCUGGCUUCUGUUUUUACAUCACAAUUACGCACAGCUGUCCCGCCUUCCCUUUGCCUAAAGUACGUCAGUUAAGAAAAAUAAAUUGGUGUUAAAUUAAAGGUAUGCAACAUUCUGCACCCAUGGUCUCCCACCCUUCCAGGGAAGGGAGGGAGGAACAUUUCUCCUCUUUCUUUGUCAGACAUAGUCACAUGAAUUCCCAUCAUGCACUCUAAACUCCAGCCAAACUGGACGACUUAGUCAUUCUGCUAAUCUCCCACCUCUGCCUCUGCACAAGCUGUUCACCAUGUAAGGGAGGCACUCCUUCUCACUGUUCCCUUUCGGGUUCCUUCCCAGCCUUCCCUGAUCCUCCCCUCCCUGCUCCAUUGCUACUGUUCUCAUUCUUGGUUUUGUAUUUAUUUAUGUGUGUACAUGUGAACUUCUCUUAGUGAAAUGGAAGCUUCUUAAUACCCCGGCACCUAGUAUAGUGCCUGGCACAUAGCAGGUGCUUAAUAAAUGCUUGCUGAUCGACUCUCUGAUCCCCAGUUCUUAGAACUCCCUAAUCCCUUCAAAUUACCUUCUAUCUUGCAUUUACUUGAGUAACUUGUGUCUCUGAGUAGAAUGUAAGCUCGUUGAGGGCAGGGAUUAUUUUCAUUUUUCUAGGAGUUACUUAAUAAAUGUUUAUUGAAUGAAUGAAUGAAUGAA